ACUAAAAAGAUCUUGUGGAGUGCGGUAAUGCAGCUCAUUGAAGACGGAAUAUAAAAGGAAUAUACUUAACGGGAAUGUCAAAGGAAUCCAGUCAAAAGGAAUACAGGAUGGUGAAGAAUCGUCGCUUUGAAAAUAAAUCUACUGGAUAUGGCAUACGACAUUUACAAAUCCUGCUGCUCUUUGCCGCUCUGACCGUGGGCUUCGCAAUGCGAGUGAAUCUAUCUGUGGCGAUUGUGGCCAUGGCCGAAUUUCCCGAAUACAACUGGUCGGAGAGAAUCAAAUCCCUGGUGCUGAGCAGCUUCUUUUGGGGCUAUGUGACCACACAGGUGCCAGCCGGUCCGCUGGCUCGUCGAUUUGGUGGCAAGGUGACAAUCCUGAGCGGACUAUCCAUUUGCUCCGUGCUGACUGUUCUGACGCCACUCUGCGUGCGGCUGGGCGGCUGGCAAGUGCUCUGCGCUCUGCGCCUGGUUGAGGGCGUCUUUCAGGGCCUGCUCUUCCCCUCCUGCCACACAGUGAUCUCGGCCUGGGUGCCGCCCAAUGAGCGUGCCACCAUGGGAAACUUCGCCUAUGUCGGCUUUCAGUUUGGAACGAUUGUCAUGCUGGCCACCAGUGGCCUCUUGGCCUCCAUGGGCGGCUGGCCGAGCAUCUUCUAUGCAUCGGGGGCAGCUGGCUGCCUGUGGUCGGUGGCUUAUUAUUUCUGGGGCGCCAGUACGCCGGCUCAAUCCAAGAGGAUAACGCCAGAGGAGAGGGAGCUCAUUGAGCUGGGACAUGCGAGCGAGCGAACUGAAGAUGCGGAGCUACCGAGCCAUCAUCAGAUUACGCCGUGGCUCAGUUUCUUCAAGUCACCAGCUGUGCUGGCCUUGAUUGCCGUGCAAUCUGCCUAUGCCUUCGGAUUCUGGACUCUGCUGACCCAGAUACCCAGCUACAUGAAGAACGUCUUGGGCAAGGACAUCAAGGCGAAUGCCCUGCUCUCGGCGUUGCCCUAUGCGACCAUGUUUGUGCUCAGCUUUGUGUUCGCUUGGCUCUCCAAGCGACUGCAGCGAACGGAAUGCGUUUCGCUCUCGUGGAAUCGAAAGUUGUUCAACUCGAUUGGGAUGCUGGGUCCGAUGGGUCUGCUCAUUGCGUUGGGCUAUGUGCCGGCCAGCAUGGAUACGUUGGCUGUGGUACUGCUCACCUUCACCGUGGCCAUCGGGUCUGCCAGCAACUCGGGUUUCCUGAUCAACCACAUCGAUCUGUCGCCCAACUUUGCGGGCAUCAUCAUGGGCAUCUGCAACUGCUUCGCCAACUGCAUGAGUCUGGCUGCUCCGCUCGUUGUGGGCGGCAUUGUAACCGAUAAUAACAAUGUCCAACAGUGGCGUCAGGUGUUCUUCUUGGCCGCCGGCAUCUAUUUUGUGGGCAACGCCCUCUUCGUCAUCUUUGGUCGCACGAGCGUUCAGCCUUGGAACGAUCCACCAGCCAAGCUGAGAAAGAACUCAACAGCUGAGCUGGAAGCACAAGAUCAAAACUGAUUACUGAGAUUAGAGAUUAUUUUAGCACAUUUGUAUUGGUGUUAUACACUAUUUAAGCGUAUUGCUGAUUGGUU